ACACCCUCUGUGUGUAGGUGCCACAUAACGGAGCGGGGAUAACAGAGUGGGAAAAUGCUGCUGGUUCUGCUGCAGAUGUUGGUGCUGGUAUGUGGGGCUCAGCCGCGAUGCGACCCGCAGAUUAGAGGAAUGUGCAAGCCAGGAGUGGAAGAAAAGCCCAAAUGCACAGACAUCCUGCUUUCCUAUUGUGAUGACAUGCCCUACACCAGCACCAUGUUCCCGAACAUCCUCGGCCACACCACCCACAAGGAUGCAGAAACCGGUGUUGAGUACCUCCUCAUCAGCGUGGUUGAAUCCCUGCUGGGCGGACAGUGCAACCCUGAGAUCCGGAUGCUGGGCUGCUCAGUUUUGGCCCCCCGCUGUGAGGGGAACAAGGUCCUAAGGCCCUGCCGCAGCUCCUGCGAGGCAGUGCAUAAAAAAUGCAGUCAUGCUUUUGAGAGGAUCAAGAUGGCCUGGCCCUACUUUCUGGAUUGUGAUCGCUUCUUUGUGAGCGAACAGGAGGGAUGUUAUGACCCACUGGAUGGUCUCAAAGAUCAAGAAGAUGAGGCUGCUCAGGCCAUGGAGGUUCCUGAACUUGAACAGGCUGCUGAACCAAUCCAGUUCACCUACAACUCUAACUCCCAGAUGAUUGGAAUCUUAAAGAAGACUGAAGAUCGAUGCUCUGAAAUUUCCAGGACAUACAGCAUCGGCCGUAGCACAGAGGGCCGGGAGCUGCUGGUGAUUGAGUUCUCCAACAGUCCUGGAGAGCAUCAACUACUCAAGCCUGAGAUGAAGUUCAUUGGAAACAUGCAUGGAAAUGAAGCCCUUGGUGGCCAGCUGCUGAUCUACCUGGCUCAGUACCUGUGCUCAGAGUAUCUGCAAGGAAACGACCACAUCCAGACGCUCAUCAACAACACCCGCAUCCACAUCCUACCCUCCAUGAACCCUGAUGGAUAUGAGGUGGCUACGUCCGGGGUCGGGGACAGUAACUACAGUGAUGAAGAGGGCAACAGAUACAAUUCUAGGAACGUCGGCCGGAACAACGCCGAGAACAUCGAUCUGAACAGAAACUUCCCAGACCUGACAACCAUCAUUUACAGAAGACGCAGACAGAAGGGCUUUCGCACCGACCAUGUUCCAAUCCCAAACAAUUACUGGUUUGGUAAGGUUGCGCCAGAGACGUAUGCAGUUAUGAAGUGGAUUCGCUCCAUCCCGUUUGUUCUCUCUGCGAGCUUCCAUGUUGGAAAUCUGAUGGUCUCUUACCCUUAUGAUCUGUCCAAACACCCGCGGGGAGAGAACAUGUUCUCCCCAACACCAGAUGAUAAGGUUUUUAAACUUCUCGCGAGAACCUAUGCAGAUUCCCACAAAAAAAUGUCCAAAGAAAUCUCACAAAGUGGAUCAUCCAAUGCUGACUGUCAGAGCACGGUCCUUAACGGAGCGCAGUGGUCCAGCAUUGCUGGCGGUAUGCAGGACUUCAACUACCUUCACACCAACUGUUUUGAGGUGACAGUGGGUCUCGGAUGUGAUAAAUUCCCUCCUGAGGAGGAACUGUUCCUCAGCUGGCAGGAUAACCAAGAAGCUUUGAUUACCUUCAUUGAGGCUGCUCAUCGAGGGAUCAAAGGAAUGGUAAAAGAUGAGGAGGGAAAAGGAAUAAAAGGUGCAAGAAUAUCAGUCAGAGGAAUACGGCACGACAUUACCACAGCUGAAAACGGAGACUACUGGCGCCUCCUCACCCCGGGCAUCCACAUUGUCACCGCCUCGGCUUCCGGAUACACCCGAGCCACAAAGAAAGUCCACCUGCCUGCUCUGAUGCCGACUGCAGGCCGGGUGGACUUUGUGCUACAGAAAGCUCCUCCAGACUCUGACCUGCAGGAGGGUGAAAACAUCUUCUCGUCCAUGAGCACCUACGAGCGGUUUGACCCAUACAAGCAGUACACUCAAUACACCAUGAUGGCUGACCUGAACCAGCAGCGUGAAGAGAGAGCGGAGAAACCCUGGUGGUGGAACUACUUUGUCUCAAUUGGGGGGCCUGCACCCACUUGGCUGCUAAAACGCCAUUAGAGCUUGAAAUGGAGAAAAACAAUGCCCUGAACUUGCUUUUUUGUGGAGUAAUGCAUGCUUUCAAAUGUACAUGAUUGGUCUCAGUUUUGUAUGUGAACAUCUUACAUUAACAAACUAUUGCAUUAGCAAUAAAAUGGUUUUGGAUCAUUUGUUUCAUUCAACAAAUGAUUUCAUGACAGCUUUGCAAAAAUAUUCUAAGCCUGGAACAGAAGUUUGUUAGAAACAGUGCACAUUACGCUAAACACACUGUCCCCAUGGUGAAACAUGGCAGCAUAUUUCCGUGGGGACAAAAUUCAGCAGGGACACGGAAGCUGGUCAGUUUAAUUCACCUUCCAGCGUGACAAUGACCCUAAACAUAAAGCCAGAUUCCCAAUGAAUUGGUUUAGAUCAGAGCAUAUUUAUGUGUUUGAUUGUCCUAGUCAAAGUCCAGACCUAAAGUUAAUUGAGAAUUUGUGGCAAUUUGUGACUUGAAAGUUGCAAUUCAUAGAUGCGCUUCAUGCAAUCUGCAAUUUUUCAAAGAAAAGUUGGGCAAAAAGGUCAGUCUUUAGAUUUAUAAAGCUGGUAGAGACAUAGCUGUAAUAUCAGUGAAAGGUGGUUCUACACCGUAUUGAUUUGGGGGUGGGGGGGUGAACAGAAAUGCCCACCACACUUUUCAGAUUAUAUUUUAUUUUUUUAUUAAAAACCAUAAUGAUUUUUGUUGCACUUCACAAAUAUGUGGUGUUUUGUUUUGGAUCAAUACAGUAGACCUUAAUAAAAUUCACUAAAGUUUGUGGCUGUAAUGUGACAACACAUAAAAGGUUCAAAGGGUAUGAAUACUUUUGCAAGGCUUUUUUUACACAUGAAAAGCAGCGGCCACUAGAGGGCUAUCAAGUCUACUUUUGGCCAAAGUUGCUCCAGACUGUUGCUUUGAUAAAAAAUAAAACUGCUCAAAAUAAAUGUC